GGUGAAUGAAUCGAGGGGACGUGAUAGAUCCGCGCUCGUCGGAUGGCACAUCAUCGGAUCAGCGACGAGUGCAUGCAGUGCCACCGACACCCAUGUAUCAGGGAGAGACGAACAUUUUAGACUCACUUCUAAAGGAGGCUCAGUUGAAUCCAAGUCUGAAAGCGAGUGUGAUGAACCACCAGGCUCAAACAAAAAGCAAGGAUGACGACGAGAAGCGGUUGCAGAAGAUGCUCGAAAAAUAUCAGCUUGAAAUGAACAUGCAAAGAGCAAACAGCCGGAAGGAUUUACAUGGAAGUGCAGGACCAUCACCUAUCAGUCAUUCUCAGCCAUGUCUUAUUGCGAGUGGAUCAAGAUCGUCAGAUAUUCCCCCAAAUGAAUCAAAAAUGAGCACAUCUGCCUAUCAGCGUAGGGCAUCUGCAUCUGGAGAUCAAGCACUUGACGUCCCCACAUUGAGCCAAACUAACAGAGGAGUAUCCAGCAACCAGAAGCUCAUUCAAAUUCUCCGCGAGGAGAAUGUGCACUUGAAAAAAGAGCUCGACGCUUUCAAGCGCAGUCUUUCAAAACUACAACAGAUUGAAUACUCAUAUGCUCGACUGGAAAAAGAAUACGAAUACUUGGCAAAUGAACGAAAAAAGCAAGAAAAUUUAGAGCUGAACGUGAUUAUUCAAUUGGAAAAGUCUGUAAAAAAACUUACCAUCGAAAGAGACGACUUGCAAAUGCGGCUGGAAAAAGCAAGUACUGAACCAACGAUGGUGGCGAACCUGAUGUUAAACGAAAUUCAGCAGAGGCAAGAACUCUUCGCAUGCAAAGAGCGGCAAAAAAUGGAGAUUGAGGCACAGAAUCAGACGUUGGAGGAGCAACGAAAUCAUAUUGCAAUGCUUGAGAAGGCACUCGCCAAUUCACAAGAGAGAUUGGCGAAGCGGGAAAAAAAAUGCGAAGAAUUGUCCGCUGUAGUGGCACACGCUGAUGAGCUGCGAAAGCAACUAAACGAAGUAUGGGAAGAACAACAUCGGAGGGAUCAGAUGGUUGAGUCGGAACGGGCUCAGUGGGAAAUGGAGAAGACUCAGCUAAGAAUGCAAUUGAACAAAGACACAUCACUCACUGGAAGUCUUAAGCGAACCACUACUCCCGGCAGCACAGAGGAUCUUAUUCGAAUGCGAAAGAGCAUUCAAUCAAAAGACGACAAGAUUCAGCAACUCGAAAGAAUGGUGAACGAUUUGCGAAAAACUCACGGUGACAAAACUGAGCAACGGAAGUCAACUCUUGCAACAAUAACUGACAACUUUGAAACCCAGGUGGACAAAUUGAAAGAGGAGAGUUAUGAAAAGGAUCUGAUCAUCAACGAACUGAGGUCGGAGCGGGACAAAUAUGCAGCAAUGGUAGAUAAAAACAGCGGAGACGAGGCACUGAGUAGAAUGGAGGAAAUUAGACAGAAAAUACAGGAAAGGAAGAAAAAAGGUCGAAUGGGCGUGACUGGAGGGCUAUCAGAACAUGCAAGAACUUCAUCGGGCUCGUUGAUGCAAAAUUCUCUUCAUCGGAGAUCAUCAUCUGGAUCAUCAUUCGACCCUGUACCGACUGCUCCAAUUCCUUACAAUAUGUUCAAAAAUAGUAACAAUAACAAGUCAAUACUUGCGGAUAACCAAUUUUCUUGAAUAUUCCUCAUGCACUAGUCAUCGAAAUUCUAUUUAUUAUUUACAAACACGCUACCAACAACACACUUUCCUUCUUUGUUACUUUCUGUUACAUGCAUAAUUCAAUUUAUUUUUCAAUUCAAGUUUCCAAAGUCCAUUCCUCUUAAUACAAUUUGUAUGUAGUUUUGUUCUUUUAAUUUUUAGCCAGUUUAGAUGAUGUACUUGUAUUUUUUCCAUCAGCUUCAUAAGCUCAUUCAAAAAGGCCAUGUGUUUUGCUAGUUGCAAUAUCGUUUUAAUAAUUGUGAUUGAAAUGUUUCAAAUGAAAAUUAUUUUCUAACCUUAUAAAAAUUAUCAGAUAUA